CAAUGUGUCGAUACAAAUGUACCUGAAAUCAAUCAUGGAGUUUGAUGAACGUCAAGGAACUUUGUCCUACACUGUAGGCUUCGAAAUAACGUGGAAAGACUACCGACUAAUGUGGAACUCAUAUCUGUACGGGGGUGUAUGGUAUUUGAAUGUUCCAUUGACAAUGAUUUGGUUCCCGGAGCUGCUUCUCUCGUCCCCUGCCACGAGCAGGAGCUAUAUAACACAGAGUUGGAGUAAAGCGCGGAUUUAUUAUGAUGGAUUUGUACUUUAUGUAGAAGGGGCACUGAUUGAAAGUACGUGCGAAGUAAAUGUGAAGUACUAUCCAUUUGACGUGCAGUCUUGCAACACAUCAUUCAUCUCAUUGGGUUACACGUAUAAAGAUGUGAAUUUGAUGUGGGUGAAAGAGUCAAUAGAUAUAACAUUGUAUCCCGGUAACUCUAUGUGGGAUUUAGAAUCAACGUCUGUUAGUGUGCAAACAGUUGCUACAGGAGGCGGUCAACAAGAAAUGUUUGUCACAUUUAAUCUCCGCAGAAAACCGGGGUAUGCAAUUGUUAACGUUCUUUUGCCAAUUUUAUUUCUUGGUAUUCUCAACGCGUUUGUGUUUUUGUUGAUACCCGAAUCUGGCGAGAGAAUUGGCUACUGCAUCACGACGCUGCUUGCAAUCGCCGUCUACAUGACAAUCAUCAUGUCCAGUUUACCGCAGUCCUCCGACCCAACCCCGUUGAUCAACUACAAACUUUUGAUCGACCUCGUCUACAGUGCCCUCAUAAUUGUAGCUGUAAUACUGAACAUGCGUUUGAACGGAAAAGACGACGAUGUCCCGGUGCCAAAGAUUCUGGUAUCUUUCUAUCUCGCCCUGAUGUGCAGAGCUUGUGGCGGAAAACCAGUGAGACCAGCAUCAAACGGCUUUACAGCCGAUCAAAAUGCAACCAGUUCAAAUGAAAGCAGUAGUAAACUACAGGAAAGUGAUAUCCCGGACUACUCGCCAGUUAAUUCCGUGGACGCCCAAAAAGUAACAUGGAAGAAGAUCAGCUCUCUUCUGGACAUUAGUUUCUUUGUACUAUUCGUUUUUCUUUCUUUUCUUAUUUUUGUAGUUUUUAUCUCGAUUCUCAAAAGCGGGUCGUAAUCUAGGACGAGAUCAGUGGCAUAGGAAAAUUAUCUAUUAAACAUAUUUGCAAAUUUUUAUCUUAAUCAUUGACUCUUGGAGUAAAACACAUCCAUGUAUUCGCGAUAAUUGGUCGUUAGCGGAUUUGAUUGAACCAGCAAAACUAUAUUUCC